AUGUAUGGGAACGUGCGCAGCUCACAGUCGGAUUGGGAGAACGUUUGGCAUCGGGAGACGCAUUCGCGUUGCCGGGACAAGCUGAUCCGGCAGCUCUACUGGGCCUGCGAGAAGGACAUCUACCGACUGACGCGGCGCAACCGGAAGAGGGGCGGCGACGAGGCGUGGCUGAAGAGCAGCUCCAAUCCUGCUGUGGGCGGUGCCGCCUCUACCUGGCUGCACGUGAACUAUGCGAACAUGUUGCUGCGCAGCAGACGCUCCGAUGCGCCCUCCAUUACCAACGAGUGCUGCACCAAGACCGGCUGCACCUGGGAGGAGUACGCCGAGUACUGCCCCUCGAACAAGCGCCGCAAUCACUACUGAGUGCGCCCGAUUGCGCUCCCCAAUAU